CAUCAAUCACAAGUCGGAGGCAAGCCGAAGAAACCCUCUUCUUCACUUUGCGCGCCCACCCUCUUUCUUUCUGUUUUUCUGCGUGCGAAUCUUGAAGGGUCACGUAAAUUUAGCCAUGGAGGUGAAGAUGAUUCCUGAAUCCACUGCAGUUGGAGACGGAAUGCGAACAGUUUCGACGAAUAUGGGAACGAUCGACGUUCUGGAUUCUAAUCGGGGUUUCCAUUGUUAUCAUGGCGCUGACGUUAUGGACGAGAACAACGGGAGGCCAAGUAAAAAACCGAAAAUCGAAGAACAAGUAGUUGAAUAUGCAUUGCCUGUAGGGUUUCUUGAUCCUAUUAAUCCCGACGAACGCUCGUUGGUCUCUGUGCCGCAAACGCAAUCCAUCUUAGAAUACCAAAACAGUAAUCUCAAGGCUAUCGUUCCAUCUAUGAGCAAACAGUUUUGGAAGGCAGGGGAUUAUGAGGUUUCUGUUCACAAUAGAGAAUCCGUAGCACACCCUGCAGCUGGUAUGGAUCACGUGAGGGUUCAUCCCAGAUUUUUGCAUUCAAAUGCUACCAGCCACAAGUGGGCACUAGGAGCUUUUGCUGAGCUUCUUGACAAUUCUUUAGACGAGGUGCGCACUGGAGCCACUUAUGUUAAUGUAGAUGUGCUGAAUAAUGAAAAAGACAUUGGUAGCAAGAUGUUACUGAUCGAAGAUAAUGGUGGUGGAAUGACUCCUGAUAAAUUGCGUGGAUGCAUGUCUCUUGGCUACUCUGUGAAAAGCAAGUUGGCCAACACUAUUGGUCAAUAUGGGAAUGGUUUCAAGACAAGUACAAUGAGGCUUGGAGCAGAUGUUUUAGUAUUUACUCGUUGCCCAGGACAGGAUGGUAGAAGUCCAACUCAAAGUAUCGGAAUGCUAUCAUACACAUUUUUAAUGGAAACCGGAAAGGAAGAUAUUGUGGUUCCAAUGAUUGAUUUUGAAAAGAGAGGAGAUGACUGGGGAAUGAUGGUGCGAUUCACACCUGAGGAUUGGAAAAGAAACAUGGAGACACUGGUCCAGUGGUCUCCAUACUCGACUGAAGAAGCUCUCUUACAGCAGUUUGAUUUCAUCAACAUUCAAGGCACACGCAUCAUUAUAUAUAACAUUUGGGAGGACGAAGAAGGACAAUUAGAGCUUGAUUUUGACACUGAUCCACAUGACAUCCAAAUCAGAGGGGUCAAUCGAGAUCCCAAGAAGAUUGAGAUGGCGAAACAGUAUCCCAACUCUCGCCACUUUUUAACUUACAGGCAUUCCUUAAGAAAUUAUGCAGCAAUUUUAUACCUGCGCAUUCCAGAGGGCUUUAGAAUCAUCCUUCGUGGAGAAGAUGUAAUUCAUCAUAAUAUAGUUGAUGAUAUGAUGCUAACUCAGAUGGUUACGUAUAAGCCAACACAACCAUGUCCUGAAUGGACAACCACAAGGAAUGAUCAAAACGUAUCAACCCUAAAUCCUUAAGUAGUACUAUUUAAGUAUUAUUUUAAAUAGGAGUUUUAAUUCUACUCUUGUUUUUCCACCUAGCAGAUGGUGGCUGUGGUGACUAUAGGUUUUGUGAAAGAUGCAAAAGACCAUAUCGAUGUUCAAGGGUUCAAUGUUUAUCACAAGAACCGACUCAUUAAGCCAUUUUGGAGGGUUUGGAAUGCUGCUGGAAGUGAUGGUAGGGGAGUUAUAGGCGUAUUAGAAGCUGAUUUUGUUGAGCCAGCUCAUGAUAAACAGGGGUUUGAACGCACAACUGUACUUUCAAGACUUGAGAAUCGAUUGGUUGUCAUACAAAAGAAAUACUGGUCUACGAAUUGUCAAGAAAUUGGGUAUGCUAAACGUUGCAAGAGCAGUUCAGAUACAAAAUGUAGACCUUCAAUGGAAGAUAAACCGGAUGUUCAAAGUGAUGCUAGAGCCCCCAAGUUGAGGCCCAUCAGAAAAGUUGAAGCAUCAACAUCUGAGGAAUCAGAGUUUCCAGAAAUCAUUACAAGUAGAUCACCAAAAAUUAAAUGUAAAGAAUCAAAAGCAACUAUGAAUGGAGACGACACCAUAGCCAAGUUGAAGGAAGAGAAUCUGCAACUCAAGAAGAGACUAGAGACAAGCGAGGGUGUGAUGCUCAAUGAUUUGUUAUUGGAUCUGCAAUCUGAGAAAGACAAGACUAUUUCUCUUGAAAAUCAAAUUGUGAAAUUACAAGAAAAGAUUCAAGUGCUUGAUCAAGAACAAAUAAACCUUAUUGACAUAUUUUCUGAAGAAAGAAACCGGCGGGAAGCCCUGGAAGAGACUUUGAGGAAUAAGUUGAAGGAGGCCAAUGACACCAUUGAAGAGUUACAAAGGAACAUAAAAGUGCUCAAGAGCAAUGGAGUCAUAAUAUGCUAGUUUUAAUAUCAAAAUUACAGAUCAAACCCUACUAACACUGCUACGUCCCUAAAGUUU